CCCGCCCACCGCUCGCCCGCCCGCCCGCCCGCCCGCCAUCUUGGGUCCCGCCGCGGGGCCGGAGCUGCUGGAGCUUUCCGGCACGAUGUUUUUAACAACAGUAUUGCUCCGAAAGAGAAUUCCUGGACACCAGUGGAUUGGGAAGUACAGGCGACCAAGAAAGGUUACCCUUACGAUGAUGCAAGCAAUGGUCCGAAGACUGGAAGUUGAAGCAGAGAAUGAAUAUUGGCUGAGCCGCCCUUACCUGACCCGGGAGCAGGAGUACAAGCAUAACACAGAACAGAGGCGUGCCAGGUGGGAAGCUUUCAAACGCCUGAAACAAGCCAAGUUUCCUGAGCACAGAUACAUCAGUGAUCAUUUAAACCACUUAAAUGUGACAAAACAGUGGACAUGCUGAAUAAUACAGCAUAUUUAUAUUUGGCAUGUGUCAUGCACUGCCGUGGGAUCUGCCAUUGUACCAGUUAUGGUAGUUUUGUAAUUCAGGGUAAUUAGCGUGGAUGAGAAGUAAGACUCUGCUAUUGUGUAUGGAAUGUUACAUUAAAAGUAGUCCUGUGGAACACUGUA